AUGGUAAUUUCUGAAGUGUCCUCACAAGGAGCAAUACCCUCGGAGAAGAAACCUGAAGAAGAGUACGAUGUGGCUUAUCAUUACUUAAGACAACGUAAGGGAGCAGAAGAGCCCGAACAUUCGGUCGCAUCUAUCACACGAAAAAUUGACUGGAAUAUCAUGCCGCUUUUAUGUUUGAUAUAUUUCUUGCAAUUUUUAGACAAGACUCUAUUAAAUUAUGCAGCUGUUAUGGGAAUAAAGGACAAUUUAAAGGAUAAUCAGUUUUCCAAUUUAGGUACUAUCUUUUAUGCAUCAUACAUAUUUGCGGAGCCGUUCAUUUCAUAUGUUCUACAAAGAUUUCCUCUCUCAAGGGCGUUAGGUAUAUGUAUAUUCCUUUGGGGCGCAGUUUUAGCCUGUCAUUCGGCUUGCAAUUCUUAUGCCUCUUUAAUGAUCGUAAGAACUUUGUUGGGCGCUUUUGAAAGUAGCUCCGCUGUGGGAAUAAUUUCAAUAAGUGGAAUGUACUACUCAAAAUCAGAGCAAGCAUCAAGAAUGGGAAUCUGGUGCAACAUGUCAGGUAUGGGUACAAUCGUUGGAGCUUUAUUGUCUUUCGGCUUUCAACAUAUCAGAACUGAUAGUUUUCAAUCUUGGCAGAUAUUAUUUUUAGUAAUGGGGUUGGUCACUGCUUUUUUUGGAGUAUUUGUAUUUUUUUAUUUGCCUAACAACGUUACUUCUGCUUGGUUUCUAAAUGAUACGGAAAAAAUCUGCAUUAUAGAGCACAUACGCUCAAAUCAAACUGGAAUUGAAAAUAAGACCUUUAAACGUGAACAAUUACAAGAAUUACUUUUUAAAGAUCAAUUUACCUGGCCAUUACUCUUACUAACAGGGACAUCACAGAUCGUUACUGGAGCCGUAGGGACAUUUAGUACAACAAUUAUUUCAACUUUUGGAUACGACAACUAUAGGUCUGCUUUAUUACAAAUUCCCUCAGGUGUUAUUAUUAUAGUCAUUAUAACGACUGUAACUCAAUUAGUCUCACACUUCGGACAUAUCACUUAUAUUAUGACUUCGAUGUUUAUUCCUUCAAUCGUGGGUGCUAUAGUGCUCCUAUGUACAGACUUGACGACGCAAAAUCUUGGGAACUUAUUUUCGAUCUAUUUAUUAUACAGUGGAUCAUCAGCAAUCACUUUGAUUUAUAUUUGGAACAGUGCUAACACAGCAGGCUAUACUAAAAGAAUCUUUAGAAAUGCGCUCACACUAAUUAUGUUUUGUCUUUCUUCACUUCUUGGUCCACAAAUGUUUAGAGCUUCUGACUUUCCCAAAUAUACCCUGGCAAAAGUUGCAAUAUUAGUUACCCAAGCUAUCUCGGUACCCCUUUCCUUGUACAUAGGAUUCUUGUCUUAUAGAGAAAAUGAAAGGAGAGAUAAAAAACUGAUUGAAAAGUCCGAUGAAGAUUACGAAUUUUUGGAUUCAACUGAUAUGCAAAACUUAAACUUUAGAUAUUCUUUUUAG